UCAUUCUUGCUUGCCACGCUACAAUAUUAAAAGUGCAUGCAAAAUAUAACUGAACUGUUUUUAAAAGCGGGUUAAAACACCUUUUCGUAAAUCUGUUCUUUGACGCUGAAUUCAUUUCUGCUGGAUAAAUGAAGUUAGACAGGAUUGAUUCGGACACUUUGAACUGUAAUUUUUUUUCUGUGUAAUGUUGCGUCGCAAAUUUCGUAGUUGGAAAUGACGAAAAAAUAAUGAAUUUCACAUAGGUUAACAUGACAUCCCUAGUUGACACGUCGAGUAGUUUGCAGAGUUUCAGCGACAUAUAUAGGCUUCAAAACCAAUACCGAGUGAAAAACUUGAUGGCCGAGCCUCGGUUUAACAACCCAUAUUUCUGGCCUCCACCACCUGCCAUGCCGGGACAGCUAGACAAUUUGGUGUUGAUUAACAAAAUCAAGGAGCAGCUGAUGGCCGAGAAGAUUCGGCCUCCGCACCUGCCUCCCACCACGCUCCCUUCCCAGCAGCCUCUGCUGGUGGCUCCAUCGUCCUUGGAUGGUGGGCAGCAUGCAAUACCGGUCCCAAAGUUCCAGCAGGUGCCUGCUCUUCAUUCCCACAGCCCAUCCCAGCCUGAUCUUGCUCUGCACACCCGCCCUACCUCCAGCACUGUAUCAGGUCUGUCACUAGCCUCUCGAACCUCAGAGGCCACAACCCCAACCACGCCCACCUCCAGCAUCCAGAGCCGAAUGGGCGGAGCUGCGUCCCCCAACAUCAUCUCAGGAUUGGCCAGCCAUCCUAGCAUGGAAUCCUUUAAGAACUGCACGGGCCUGGCAGGCCUGUUGGGCCCACCCCCAAAGAUGGAACGUGGACGCAAGAAGAUCAAGGCAGAGAACCCCUCUGGCCCCCUGUUGGUGGUGCCCUACCCCAUUCUCACUUCAGGCAUCGAAGGAACUAUCCCCAUGAAAGAGGGGAAGAUCUACAGGUGUAAGGUGUGUCCCCUGACCUUCUUCUCCAAGUCUGACAUGCAGAUCCACUCCAAAUCCCACACAGAAGCCAAGCCACACAAGUGUCCGCACUGUUCCAAGUCCUUCGCCAACGCGUCCUACCUGGCCCAGCACCUGCGCAUACACUUGGGUGUCAAGCCCUACCACUGUUCCUACUGUGAGAAGUCCUUCCGGCAGCUCUCGCACCUGCAGCAGCACACCAGAAUUCACACUGGGGACCGGCCCUACAAGUGUGCUCACCCAGGCUGUGAAAAGGCCUUUACCCAGCUCUCCAACCUCCAGUCCCACCAGAGGCAGCACAACAAGGACAAACCGUACAAGUGUCCGAACUGCUACCGGGCUUACUCAGACUCGGCGUCCCUGCAGCGCCACCUGUCGGCCCACGCCAUCAAGAACGCCAAGGCAUACUGCUGCAGCGUGUGCGGACGGGCGUACACGUCGGAGACCUACCUGAUGAAGCACAUGUCUAAGCACACGGUGGUGGAGCACCUGGUCACCCACCACUCCCCUCAGAGGACCGAGUCUCCCAGUAUCCCUAUCCGUAUUUCCCUAAUCUGAUUGGACCAUGCCGUGCCACACCCCCCCUCGCCACGCCCCCAACCACUUUCACCCUUAGUGAAGCAGCCCCCAUCUCAGCACAAUUCAGGCCCACAUUAAUAUUCUCAUUAUUAAUACUCCUCAUUAGCUUUUGAAGGCAACCCUAACAGGUUUGUCCUAAGCUGUUCCCUGAUCCCAGUGGUGUCACCCACCCCCCCCAGGGACGGAUUACGGACCGGGCCAGCGGGGCCGCUGCCCAGGGGCCCUUGGGGUGCAGGGGGCCCGUGGGGCCCCUAGCCCAAAACAAUUUGCAACGCUUAUCAACAAUGUAUUUUCGUUUGUCUAUUUUAGAGGGCCUACAUUCUUUGAUCCUCUGCCUACAAGGACCCCUGACCCUAUAGGGAGGGCGUUUGGCUGCCAAGGGCCCUUGAAUUGUGGUGGUUGUGGUGGUGGUGCUGGUGGUGGUGGGGGGGGGGCCCUCGCGAACGUUUUGCCCAGGGGCCACACAACCCAUAAUCCGUCCCUGCCCCCCCCCCCCCUUGAGGCCUUAUGUUCUAGACAGUAUUUUUACUUCAUAAUCAUGGAAAAAAUAAGCUAUUUUGAAAGUAUUUUCUUUAACCCCUUUUCCCCUCAAGGUUUGUAUCAAUGGGGAAGAGUUGGCACCUCCAAAGAUUAUUUUACAGCACUUUCAGGCCAAGUGUGAAAGAAACCGGCCAAAAAAAAAAAGUUAAAUAAAUAAAAUAUUCUUUGGGCAGCUAAAUUCUUAGCAUAGGAAUUGUUGAAGAAACAGAAGCUUUACCCUGUAUACUUCCUACUUUGUUUUCAUGAUGCAUAAGGACAAUUCUGCUAAGACGACACUCAUUCCCUGGCUUCCGAACAGCCAACUUUUAUAUCUUGUUCCAUUCCAAAGAGUCCUUGCUUCUCUCACACCAUUUCACUCCUAUUGAUUCUCUGUCACUGUGUACGGAGCAUUACUGUUGUGUAACAGAUCUAGAAUAUGCAGUUAAAAUGUUACAAACUUAAGUUUUAACUUAAAAAGCAUCUCUUUUUAAAAUACAUAUAUUGACAUAUAUCAAUACAUUUUGACCUGCCAGAAUCGAAGCAGACUGUUCCUUAUGUACUGGGAUGUCUCGUCAUCCAUAACUGGUCACAGUUCUCAUAUAGCCAGCAGAACCUCAGCCGAAGAACCAUUAUCUCCCCCCCCAGCACCCCCAGUAAGAUGCUCUUAAUCCAGCCACAGCCUGGAUGCAAGCCACUGACUGAAGCAGGUGCCGGAAAGCAGGACUCCAGUCUGGAGCAGCCAUAUGCACUGUCAGAGUGCAGCUUUCUGGUGCUUCCUUGCUUUUCAGGUUUGCCUGAUUACACAGGUUGUGGCACCGAAAGAUAACAGUUAAAAACUGGUUGGUUUGGGGGGUGUUAUUGGGCCAAACACACGCAAAAUACAGCAGCAGGCAUGCAGUGUCCCCGCCCUGAUGUUUAAACCUCAGCUCUCUAUGCCAAGAAUUACAGACCUUGUCUCCUAACUCUGCCUUUGUUUUCAUGAAUUAAAUGGGAACAUGUGUGUUUGUUACCAAGGUAGCUUACUCCCAUUUUUUAUUUAAAAAACAGUGCGUUUCUGCUUUGGGGUGUCCCGUUAAGUUUGUAUAGAUAUGUUGGUGUAGAAACAGACGACCAUAUUUUAUUACCCAUUUAUUCAUGUCCAAAUAAUAACAAUUCUCCUUUAUUUUAUACAUGUGUAAGCCUUAAUUGUAUUACCAUUGUAUAUUUAAACAUUUUUUUCCAGGUUAUGUUUUGUACUGUAUGUGUUUUUAUUCCUUAGCAUGAAUACAUUGUAAAAUACAUAACUGUUAUUAUCCAUUUUCUAUAUGAAAUGAUUAUAUAUGUCUAGUUAUUAAAAAUGCAUUUUCCUUU